AUGGAAAAGGCAAGACUGCUCUGUCCAUUGGACCUGCUGUGUGCUGGGGACUUCUCCACAGGAAAGUCCAUCUGCCGAACCCAGGUUCCACACCAGUCUCUGCGGGCUGCCGGCUCAUCCACGCUGGGCACAGCCGUUGUGCCUCCACAGACCUGGUCCCUGGCAUUGUUCCUGCUCGGGACCCUGAGACAGGCCCUGUGGUGA